AUGGAUGCUAUUGCUAGCAUAGCAACAAAUGUGGCUGCACCUUUCCUACGACAACUCACUUAUGUAUUGAUGUACAACAGUUACCUCACAGACCUUGAAACCCAGAUUCAUAAGCUGCAGAGAGCAGAAAAAGAAGUGAGGCACACUGUUGAAGCUGCCAAAAGGAGUGGUGAAGAGAUUGAAGACACUGUUCGUGACUGGUUUUCUAGAGUUCAUGCAGCUCUAGAAGAGGCACAAGCAUUCCUUCAUAAUGAAGACAAAGAAAGAGUUGGAUGCUUAGACUUAUACUCAAAAUACAUGUUGAGUCAGAGAGCAAGGAACUUGGUUGAACUUCUUGGUAAACUCAGACAAGAAACAUUUGACAGGGUUUCUUACCGUUGUGCUUUGAAAUGUAAUGUGAGUUCAGCUGCUAGAGGAUAUGAAGCAUUGGAAUCUAGAACAACAAUGUUGAAUGAAAUCAUGCAGGUGUUGAAGGAUGCUAAGGUUCAUGUGAUUGGAGUUUAUGGUAUGGCUGGGGUUGGUAAGACUGCAUUAGUGAAAGAACUAGCAUGGCAAGCUGAGAAGGAUGGUUCAUUUGAUGUAGUGGCUAUGGCUACUGUGACCAAUUCUCCAGAUGUUAGAACAAUUAGAGCUGAAAUUGCUGAUGUGUUGGGUCUGAAUUUUGAUGAACAAACUGAGUUGGGACGAGCGAACCGGUUGCGCCAGAGGAUUAGGCAGGAGGAGAGGAUUCUUGUCAUAUUGGAUGAUGUUUGGGGGAAGCUUGACUUGACUGAGGUUGGUGUUCCUUUUGGUGAGGAUCAUGAAGGCUGCAAAUUAUUUGUGACAUCAAGAGAUCUUAAUGUGUUGAAUGCUAACUUGGGUGCACAAAAGGUUUAUAGACUUGAAGUUUUGUCUGAGAAUGAGAGUUGGAGAUUAUUUGAAACUAGGGGAGGGGAUGCUGUUAAAGAACUUAGCAUUCAGCCCAUAGCCAUGAAAGUAGCCAAAAGCUGUGGUGGUUUGCCCCUUUUGAUAGUAACAAUGGUGGAGGCAUUAAAGAAUAAGGAUCUAUACACUUGGAAGGAUGCACUAGAGCAGAUAACAAAUUUUGAAUUUGAUGCAUGUUUUUAUUCUCAAGUUCAUUCUGCUAUUGAGAUGAGUUAUAAUUGGUUAGAAAGCCUAGAACUCAAAAUAUUCUUCCUCCUCUUGGGUUCAAUGGGAAAUGGUUAUAGUAGCAAAGAUUUGUUGGUAUUUGGAUGGUGUUUGGGUUUGUAUAAACAUGUUGAUAAAUUGGCAGAUGGAAGAAACAGACUUCACAAAUUGAUAGACAACCUGAGAGCUGCGUGUUUGUUACUUGAAGGGGAAAGAGAUUCGGUUGUGGCGCUUGACCUUGUUCGGAAUGUGGCUGGCUCGAUUGCAACCAAGGUACAACCUUUCUUUACUAUGCAGAGAAACACUAAAUUGAAAGAAUGGCCAAACACUGAUCUCUUUAAAACUUGUCAUCAUAUUUUUUUGGAUUGGUGUUUUAUCCAUGAACUUCCUGAGAAGUUAGACUGUCCCAGGUUGAAGAUACUCCAACUCAACAGUGAAGGUAACUCCUUGAAAAUUCCUGAUAAUUUCUUUGUUGAGAUGAGAGAACUGAAGGUGCUAAGUUUAGGAGGUAUGAAUUGUAGUCCAUCCCUUCCUACAUCUCUUGGUCUCUUGACAAAUCUCCAAGCAUUGAAUCUGUGUAAAUGCAUGUUGGAAGACAUAGCUGUUGUUGGAGAAAUCAAAAGGUUAGAGAUUCUCAACCUUGAAAAAUCUGAGUUUAGGGAGCUCCCUGCAGAAAUAGGACAAAUAUUUCAUCUAAGGUUGCUAGAUUUGACUGAUUGCUCUGCACUAGGAGUGAUUCCUAGCAACCUGAUAUCAAGCUUGUCAAGCUUGGAAGAGCUUUAUAUGGGGAACUGCAAUAUUCAAUGGGAGGUCAAUGGAAGUGAAAACCAAAGCAAUAAUUCAAUUCUCGGUGAGUUAAGGCAUUUGCAUCAACUAACAACUUUGAAUAUGCAGAUAAAGGAUACUUCAGUUUUUCCAAGAGACUUGCUUUCCUUUGGGAGACUAGAAAGCUACAAGAUUUUGAUUGGUGAUAAAUGGAAAUGGACUGAGGUGGAGUCUGAGAAUUACAAAACUUCAAAAGUUCUUAAGCUCAAUUUAAGCAUGGAUCCAAGCAUUCUUUUGGAUUAUGGGAUGAAGAUGUUGAUGACCAUUGCUGAGGAGUUGUAUUUAGCUGAACUGAAGGGUGUUAGGGAAGUACUUUAUGAGUUGAAUGAUGAAGGAUUUUCACGAUUGAAGCAUCUUAAUAUACAAAACUGUGAUGAAAUGCAAAGCAUCAUUGGCUCAACUGAGUGGGCUCAUCAUGAUCAUGCCUUUCCCUUCUUGGAGUCUUUGAUCCUUCACAAUCUGAUUAACAUGGAGAAAAUUUGCAGUGGUUCACUUCCAGCACAGGCCUUUACCAGACUACAAGUUAUCAAAAUAAAGGGUUGUGAUAAGAUGGAGUUUGUUUUCUUCCAUUCCAUGGUUAAACAGCUUUCUGAACUUCUUGAAAUUGAGAUUUCUGAAUGCAAAUUGAUAACCAAUAUCAUAACCGAGCAAAGACAAAAGGAUGGUGGAGAAACUUACAAGAUCAAGUUCCCCAAGAUGCGUUCUCUCGUACUAGAAUGCUUACCUUCACUUGUUGGUCUCUCACCUGAGCCAUGUAUUAUGAGUACUGAAAACAACAAUGGUUUCUUCAGUCAACUUUUUCAUGAUAAGGUUGAAUUUCCAAAUUUGGAGACCUUGAGGCUCUACUCAAUGAAUAUCCAGAAGAUAUGGGGUGACCAACUUUCAGCAAAUUCUUGCUUUGAAAAUUUGACCACUUUGACUGUAGAUGGUUGUGAAAGGUUGACACAUCUUUUCUCAUACACCAUGGCUGGAAAACUUGUCAAGCUUGAACAUCUUUUGAUUCGUUCAUGCAAAUUGGUAGAGAAGAUAAUUGUCCCUGAUGAAAACAUGGGUAACCUUCCUCAUGCUAGGAAAUCUUUUCCUACUGAAGUGGUUCCAUUUUUUCCCAACUUGGAGACAUUUGUGAUUUCUCACAUGGACAAGUUGGAGUCAAUAUGGCCCGACGAACUCACUCAAAAUUCAUUUGGCAAAUUGAAAAAAAUGGAAAUCACAUCCUGUGACAAUCUCUUGCAUGUGUUCCCAUGUCAUGUGCUAAACAAAUUUCAAAGCCUGGAAUCAUUGGAUAUAUGGUACUGUAUUGCACUGAAAGUUGUAUAUGAAAUAGAUGAUGGUAUAAACACUGGAGGUAGAAGUGAGGGAGAGCUGAACAUUCCACUGAGAACUUUGUCUUUGGGUCAUUUACCAAAGCUAAAGCAUUUGUGGAAUAAGGAUCCUGAAGGAAGUAUCAGGUUUCAAAACCUGUUUAUGGUGAAAGCCACUAAAUGUGAAAACUUAAAACAUGUCUUUCCACUCUCUGUGGCCAAAGAUCUUGUGCAACUCCAAUUCCUUGAGAUAAGUGAUUGUGGGGUAGAAGAAAUUGUUGCAAAUGAUCAAGGAGGGGUAGAGGCAGCUCUUGGACUUGUUUUUCCAAAAUUAGUAUCCUUAAAACUUUUGAAUUUGCCAGAACUUGGAUGCUUUUGUACCGGAAAUCACAACUUCAGAUUUCCACUGUUGAAUAAAUUAUAUGUGGUUGAAUGUCCAGCAAUGGAGACUUUCUCUCAGGGAAUCUUAAGGUCAUCAAUCCUCAGAAGAAUAUGUUUGACUGAGAAAGGAGAUCAGUGGUGCUGGGAAGGUGACAUUAAUACUACUAUAAGAAAGAUUUUCAAUAGAGAUUUCAAAGGCAGACUAAGCAUUUCAUAAUAUCCAAAGG